AUGAGGGUGGAGAACAGCACCAAACCAGGUACUACAGUCUUGGAAAAUGGCAUCAUCCAAGUGGUGGAAGGAAGCGUCAUCCGGCUUCGGAUCUUCGGCCAGGGCAUCCACCGACCUACUUGCCAGAUGUUAUACUUUGCUGACUUACCUGAUGUGUCAGAUGCUAAUGCUCACGGGGACCCCUGCAUCAAGAAGAGCAGUGACAUGCUGGUGAACCCCUACUGCCACGAGGUACGGAACACCACCGCCCUGGUGGAUGUGUCAGUUCAGAUCCUGCGGAAGGAAAUCGAGUUCAAGAACUAUGUGAUGUGCUUGGAAGAUCAUUCGGGCAAGCCACGGUAUUGGUUUAGCGACCGCGAUUUGGUGAUCCAAGUGAUCGAGGGAGAUCAUUUAAAACUGCCUCUCUGGCUGAAGUUAGUCCUGGUGGUCAUCCUACUGGCGUUGUCAGGCAUGUUUAGUGGUCUCAACCUGGGCCUGAUGUCCCUGGACCUCAUGGAGCUGCGCAUCAUCCAGAACUGUGGCACACCCAUGGAGAAGAAGUAUGCCACUAUGAUCGAGCCUGUUCGGCGGCACGGCAAUUACCUGCUCUGUUCUUUGCUCCUCGGCAACGUCUUAGUCAACGCCUCCUUCACCAUACUGUUUGACUCCAUGGUUAGUGCAAGCCUUCUGGCUAUAGUGGCCUCUACAUUUGGCAUUGUUCUCUUUGGGGAGAUAAUCCCCCAGGCCCUCUGCUGCCGCCAUGGCUUGGAAGUGGGUGCCAAAACCAUUGUCAUCACCAAGUUUGUCAUGCUGCUGACUUUCCCUCUCUCCUACCCUAUGAGUAAAAUACUGGACUAUGUACUCGGUCAAGAAAUGGGCCUCAGGUACAACCGAGAGAAGCUGAUGGAGAUGCUGAGGCUGACCGAGCCAUACAUGGACCUGCUGAAGCAAGAGCUGAAUAUCAUCCAAGGAGCACUGGAGCUGAGGACUAAGGCAGUGGAGCACGUCAUGACCCCCCUGCAUGAUUGCUUCUUGCUCAACAGCAACGCCGUCCUUGACUUCAACACCAUGACGGAGAUCAUGGAGAGCGGCUACACACGCAUCCCCAUCUACGAUAAGGAGAGGACGAAUAUAGUUGAUAUGCUGUAUGUCAAGGAUCUAGCCUUUGUGGACCCAGAUGACUGCACCCCGCUGAAGACAAUCACUAAAUUUUACAACCAUCCGGUGCAUUUUGUUUGCCACAAUACUAAACUGGAUGCCGUGCUUGAAGAGUUCAAAAAAGGUAAAUCUCACCUGGCCAUUGUCCUAAAGAAGAAUGAGGUUGAGCAUGAAGAUGAAGGUGAAGUGUUGGGUAUCGUGACCCUGGAGGAUGUCAUUGAAGAGAUAAUCAAGUCAGAGAUCCUGGACGAAUCAGAUCUCUACACCUACAAUCGUACCAGAAGACGAGAUGCCAGCCCAAGGAAGUGGGACUUCUCGGCCUUCAAGGGCAAUGACACUGAGUUGAAGAUCUCCCGUCAGCUACUCCUGGCUGCACACCGCUUUCUCUCUACAGAGGUCUUGCAAUUUUGCCCGAGCCUCAUCUCUGAGAAGUACCUGCUACGUCUCCUCAAGCACCCUGGUGUCAUCUGUGAGCUGAAAAUUGAUGAGCAGGACAAGGAAUCUCCUGAAUAUAACUUGUAUGAAAAGAACAAGCCGGCAGAUUACUUCAUUCUCAUUUUACAGGGAAAGGUGGAGGUUGAAGCUUGCAAGGAAAACAUGAAAUUUGAGAACGGACCCUUCUCCUACUAUGGAGUCAUGGCCUUGGGUACACCCAUCCAAGGAGGUAUGGAAAUCAUGGGCUCCCAGAUUCGCAUGAGCAAUAUGCAAUGCUUUAGCAUCACCAGCGCCAACCAAGUCCUCCCCAGCAGCAGCCUACAGUACAUGGCAGACUACACUGUCCGUGCUCUCACUGACCUCCUGUACAUCAAGAUCACACGGAAUCAGUAUCAGAACUGUCUUAUGGCCUCACUGGCGGAAGUCAAUGCAGCUGCAAGUGUCAUCCCGCAGGCUGAGACUUCUGCUGACUAGAGUCAGUGCUCCAAAGUGUACCCCAGGCUUGAAUUGUCUAGAGUCAGUGCUCCGAAGUGUACCCCAGGCUUGAAUUGAAUUGAAUGAAUCUUUAUUUGCGUCA